ACUGAGAUGAACGACACUUGGGCAUGACUUGAAUCCUCCCGGUCUUUUUCUUGUGAGCAUGUGCAGAAAGAACUAAACAGUCCAUCCACGUGUGUAAGGGACAGCUAAGGACAUGGUUUUAUCUGAUUAAAACACUGGGCUGUUUUUGUUUUGUGUUGCUGUUCAUUUUUAGAAGAAUUGCUGUUAUGAGUCUGCAGAAGGGAAACUAGUUUAGGUUUGCUCAAGAGGCUGUGAAAUGUGCUUCCUGUUCGGAGAUGGCAACGAAUGUCAUUGUCAGAGGACAGCCUUAUAGCCACAAGGAGCUGCUGACUUGGCUCAAUGAGACGUUAGAGACCAGCUUCACCAAGGUGGAGCAGUUAUGCACAGGUGCCGCCUACUGUCAGCUGAUGGAUUUGUUGUUUCCCGGAUCUCUGGACUUUUCCAGCGUCCAGUUCCAAAGCGAUGACAUUGAGCGCGCUUCUGUCCACAACUUUAGUUUACUGAAAACUGCCUUCUCAAAAGUUGGAGUGAACAAAUACAUUCCCUCCAUAUCGCCGAUGAGGUGGAGGUUCGGCAUGUCUCUGGAGUUGCUGCAGUGGUUCAAGCAUUUCUUUGACAGGAACAACACAGGCAGGGAGUAUCGUCCCUUAGAGGCCAGAGGUGGACGAAGUUUGGUUUGUGCUGUCCCAGAUGACAGAACUGUGAAGGAACCGAGAAAAGACACACCAGUAAAGAACAUGUAUCAGAAUGGAGAUGUGAUUUUACUGAUAUCUUCUGAAGAGGAGGAAAUGGAGACGGUGGAGAAACUCAAGUGUGUUCAGAAAAGCCCAAUAAAGAGGAAAGAGGAGGUAGAAGGUGAUUUGAAGCUCUUCAUCAGAAGAUACUGCUGUGAUAAUGUGGACAGAACCGACCCAGAAGACAUCGUCCAGGCCUGUUCAGACACUCCUUACUGCCUGUAUCUGUAUGUGGGGGUGGAGCUGAGUGCAGGAAAGAGCUCGAGCAUCGUCCUGAUCGGCUACAUCGACCAGAGCUCAGGUGUUAGCGUGGUGAGGCCGCUACACGCUCAGCAGAUGAGUGUCAAUGUCGGUCCUCAAAUCUCAGCAGACGGGGACGCUACAAGAGCAGAUUCUGAUGCUCGCCUUCUGGUUGAGGCGCUGACGGAUCUGGGCCUUCCUCUGUCCAACCUCGCCAUGUUUUACUGCGAUGCCCCUCAUCCAGUGAGUCAAGUGUUCGUGUCCCACCUCCGGUUAUUGAACCCUCGCUUCAUAUCUGUCUGUGGCCUCUCUGUGGCAGGGAGAGCCUGCCACACCGGACUCCAGGCUUCCUUCAGCUACGUGGUCAACCUGGUUGAAGACAUCUACUAUUACUACUCCACCUACCCCUCCGCCAGCGGCAGCCUGAAGGAGCUGUUUGCCGGUGCAGAGCCCUAUAAUGCGUCCCGUCCCAUCUCAACACAGUGUUUGUUCUUCAUCCUCACUGUGCAGAAGAUGGUCGGCUGCUGGAGGGGCUUGGUGGAUUGUUUUAAGUCACUCCAAGGCAGCGAGGCUGCACGGAUCAGAACGCAGCUGAUGAACCAUGAAGUGAAGCUGCACUUCCUGUUCCUGUCCCACGCUCUGGACCCGCUCCGAGCUCUCCAGGAGAUGCAUCAGUGCAGCGCUUCAGGCGUCACCGCUGAGCUCCAGCUGACCUCCUCGCUGUUCAGCGCCUUCGCUGCCAGCGUCCUGCGCCCGUCCGCCGCCGAGCGUUUCCUGAGGAAGCGAGACGUGGAUCUGCUCUACAGCAACAGUUACCUGCUGCCCCCAGCAGAGAUCCACGUGGGCUCUCAGGCCAAGGAGUUUCUGUGGGCGACUCCUGUGGUGGAUCUGGGGGAACAGGACCGCACUGACUUCCUGAAGCAUGCUCAGUGUUUCUACAGAGCAGCGCUGGAGAGUUUAGUGGAGAGCAUCCCUGAGCUGCUGUCAGACGUGGCACUGAGGAAUAUUGGCUUGGUGCUGGAUCAUCCCAAAUAUAUGAGCGACGAUAAAAUCAUCAGAAACGUCCUGUUGGAGUUGGCGGUUCAGCUGGGUCUGUGUGGCACCGGCUCUCCAGGAGCACAUCAGCUGGAAACCGACUACCUCAGCUUCAGUCAGACGGUGAAGGAGGAACACAGGAGAACGAAUGGAAGCGAUCUCAGCCGGGCCAAAACGCUGCGUAUCAUGAGGCAGUACUCUGGUCUGUACAGACUCCAGCUGACCCUGCUGGCUCUGCCCAGCUCUCUGCACCGGAAACAAGUGUUUGCUAAGAUGUCCAACAGCAUGAAGGCUCUCAGCGACAGCAAACAAACCCCUAAAGCCUCGCCUCAGCCUCGACCUCGAGCCCGACCUCAGAUCCGGAGAAGGAAGCUACCGGUCCGGUCAGCUUAUAGACAGAGGAAGAAAGAAGAAGAAGAGGAGAGUUCAUCAGAGGACAACGACAGACCUCCAGCAGAACCUGUUCUACAAAUUCAAAAACAGAAACACCACAACAAUGUGGAGGACUCGGACUACACAGACCAUUCCUCAGAUGUGGUCGAAGAGGUGACUAUGCCGCGGAGCAGCAGACUGACGCCAGCAGUCCCUCCAGGAACUUUCCUAGCCGAGUCUAUUUACAUCGUGAGCAGCGACGAAGAGGAUUCCCGCACAGAUCCCAGAACACCGACCUCAGCAGCAUCACUGGAAAAAAUGACUGGCGAGCUGGUCUGGGUUCAGGUGAACAGAUUCCCCCCGUGGCCCGGCGUCGUCGUACCCGAAAGAGGAAAUGGUCAGCAUCCAAGCUACAGGACGGUGCAGUGGUUCGGGCGGGACAGGCCUUCUUGGGAGAGUUUGAAGGAUCUGAAACCUUUCCAUGAAUUCGACCAGCACUUCUCUGUUAAGUCCUUCAGCGUCGUCGCCUCCUACAAAAACGCCGUCUGCUCGGCUCUGCAGGAGGCAGCUCUGCGUUGUAAGAAGAAGUUUUCUGCACAUCCUGAGGAUGAAGAAGAGAAGCUGAAUCAGAUGUUAGACUGGGCGUUUGGAGGAUUUCAACCUUCUGGACCGGAUGGACUCGAACCUACAGCGUCUUUAAACGGAAACCCAGAUCAGAACACAAACCACAGCCCGAAGGCGAAGAAGAAGCUCAUCCUGAAGGACACGUCCUCUUCUGACUUCUUCAGUCCUCUGAGCAACGGCGGGCAUCAAGAUGAGGGAAGUGGUCGUCUCCUUAAACAGACUCUCAACCAGCUCUGUGGAAAAGUUCUCCCGGGAAGCGAUGAAGAGCCCUCGAGGAAGAGGAAGAGGAAGAAGAGGAAGAUGGGCUUCAGAGAUUGAGAACAAGGGAAGGGAGGAUGGGAGGCAGAGAAAGAGGACUGGGGAGGAGAAUGGGAGAGGGAGAAGGAGAAGGGAGGAUGGGGAAGGGGAAGGGGAAGAGGAGGGAAGGGUCUUAGGAAGAAUUACAGUCUGUUCUCUGGGUUCGAAGACGACAUGUCGCCAGACUUUGUGCCCAGCAGGAAGAAGGCCUACGCAAAAAUCUACAACAAGGUGAACGAGAAGACCGAGACGGUGUACACACAGCCGGACCAGAAACUCCGAGAGGAGACCAUUCACAGGAUCACGGACAUGAAGCUGGACAUCGAAGGUUACUGUUUGUGUUGUGGGACGGACGUUGUUGAGAUCUCCCACCCUCUUUUCAAAGGCAGCCUCUGCUUGAAGUGUAAAAACAACUUCACAGAGACUCUGUUCCGCUACGAUGAAGACGGAUACCAGUCGUACUGCACCAUCUGCUGCUACGGACUGGAGGUCAUUCUGUGUGGGAACAACAGCUGCUGCAGGUCUUUCUGUGAGGACUGUCUGAACAUCCUAGUCGGCUCGGGGACAUUCGAUUCGCUGAAGCUUCUGGACCCGUGGAUCUGCUACUUGUGUCAGCCUCACCGAGCCCACGGCUCUUUGGUUCCACGAGAGGACUGGAGCGUCCGAGUUCAGGAGCAGUUUGCCAACAACAGCGCCAUGGAGUUUGAGCCUCACCGUGUUUAUCCGUCUAUUCCUGCAAACCUGCGUCGACCAGUUCGAGUUCUGUCGCUGUUUGACGGCAUAGCAACAGGCUACCUGGUUCUGAAGGAUCUCGGCUUCAAGGUAGAGAAAUACGUCGCUUCAGAGGUUUGUGAGGAUUCUCUGGCUGUAGCAGCCGUCAACCACGACGGGAAGAUCAUCCACGUAGGCGACGUCCGGCUCAUCAACGAGGAAUACAUCGAUCAGUGGGGUCCGUUUGAUUUGCUGAUCGGUGGCAGCCCCUGUAACGACCUCUCCAUCGUCAACCCCAUCAGGAAAGGCCUGUACGAGGGCACCGGCAGGCUGUUCUUUGAGUUCUACCGCAUCCUUCAGCUGCUGAAGCCCAAAGAGGACGACCCCAGACCGUUCUUCUGGCUCUUUGAGAACGUCGUCUUCAUGAACACUCACGACAAAGUCAACAUCUGUCGCUUCCUCGAGUGUAACCCGGUGCUGGUGGACGCCGUCAAAGUGAGUCCGGCUCAUAGAGCUCGUUACUUCUGGGGAAACAUUCCCGGCAUGAGCAGGCCCAUCAUUGCCUCCCAGAAAGACAAGUUGAAUCUCCAGGACUGUUUGGAGAUCGGUAGAGAAGCGUUGAUGACGAAGGUGAGGACGAUCACCACCAACUCAAACUCUCUGAAGCAGGGAAAGAACGUGUCUCAGCUGCCCGUCCUGUACAACGGCAAAGAGGACACCCUCUGGAUCACCGAGCUGGAAAAGAUCUUCGGUUUCCCCAAACAUUACACCGACGUCAGGAGCAUGAACCGGCAGCAGAGGCAGAAGGUUCUGGGGAAGGCCUGGAGCGUCCCGGUCAUCCGACACCUCUUCGCUCCACUCAAGGACUACUUUGCCUGCGAGGAACUUCCUCCUAUGACCAACUCUUCCACCUCCUUCACCUCCAACUCCUCCAUCUCCAACCCUUCAAUCUCCAACUCCAUCUCUAGCCCUUCCAUCUCCAACCCUUCAAUCUCCAACUCCAUCUCCAACCCUUCCAUUUCCAACUCCAACUCCAUCUCCAACCCUUCCAUUUCCAACUCCAUCUCCAACUCCAUCUCCAGCCCUUCCAUCUCCAGUUCCAUCUCCAGCCCUUCCAUCUCCGACUCCUCCACCUCCAACUCUUCCAUCUCCAACUCUUCCAUCUCCACCUCCAUCUCCGAACGCUCCAUCUCCACCUCCAUCUCCAAGUGCUCCAUCUCCAGCCCUUCCAUCUCCAAUUCCAUCUCCAGCCCUUCCAUCUCCGACUCCUCCAUCUCCAACUCUUCCAUCUCCACCUCCAUCUCCGAACGCUCCAUCUCCACCUCCAUCUCCAAGUGCUCCAUCUCCAGCCCUUCCAUCUCCAAUUCCAUCUCCGACUCCUCCACCUCCAACUCCUCCAUCUCCAACUGCUCCAUCUCCACCUCCAUCUCCGAACGCUCCAUCUCCACCUCCAUCUCCAAGUGCUCCAUCUCCACCUCCUCCACCUCCCCGCCUUCUCCUGCCUCUCCAGACGUUCAGCAGUCCAGAUAGGGGAGACAUUUCUGGGACCACAGAGUGACGACAGACGGAGGAGAAGAAUCAGAAAAAAGCCAGAUAUCUGCUUUGAUAAUCAGCCCGUGCCUUGUUUUCUCCCCCAUAAGUUCAAGAACUUCUCAGCAGAAAUGUUGUGAGCAGUAAAUUCCAGCUCACAAUCGUUCUUUUGUGGCUCGGCGCCACACAGACGUUUUGUAAGACGUCGAACAUGUCGUCAUUUUGACCCCUAGAGCUCCUCAGAGUCUCAAUGCGGCAGUUUAAGACGCACAUUGUAGCUCAGGAAGACUCAUUAUUACCUUUUAAUACCUUUUCUAAACAAGUCUGUGGUCGAUUCUGUGCAAGAAUCUCAUCAAAACGUACUUAAAGGCGACUCCGAUUAUAUCAUCAGAUUUUCUCACUGAGAUUUAACAUAUGGCAGCUAGAGUGCAAUAAAAAACACAAAAGAGAUAAAAAAUAAAAGUUAAAUUCAUCAUUCAUAUGAAGAAACGUCUAAAAACCUAAAAUUAACACGUCCAAGUUCCCACAGGUGUUGCUAAUUUCAUGGUAUGACAGACAAAAAUGACACAAAAUGAUUGUAGAAGAUGCACAAAUGAUGCAAAAAGAUGCAAAAAUGACACUAAAAGUUACAAAAUGGCACAGAAAGAUGUAGAAAUUACACAAAAAUGUGCAAAACUGUCACUAAAAGAUGCCUAAAAAAUGACACAAAAAUAUCACUAAAAAAUGCAAAAAAUUACACACAAAGAUGCAGAAAUUACACAAAAGGUGUAAAAAUGUCACUGAAAGAUGCAAAAAAAGACAAAAAUAUCACUAAAAUAUACAAAAAAUACACAAAAAUGUCACUAAAAGAUGCAAAAAAUUACACAAAAAGAUGCAGAAAUUACACAAAAGGUGCAAAAAUGUUACUAAAAGAUGCAAAAAUUACACAAAAAUAUCACCAAAAUAUACAAAAAAUUACACAAAAAAGUGCAGAAAUAACCAAAAAGGUGCAAAAAUGUCACUAAAAGAUGCGAAAAUACACAAGUGCAAAAAUUACCCAAAAAGGUGCAAAAACAUCACUAAAAGAUGCAAAAGAAAUUACAUUAAAAGCUGCAAGAAUGUCGAGAAAAGAUGCAGACAUGAAGGAAGACAAGUUUUUAAAAAAUGGAAUCUGGUUUAUUUUCCUUGAUUUUUAAUACAAGACUUGUAGAAUAAAAUGAUUUUAUCACCACAGUGCGCUCAUUAGAAAGUUGAAAAUGUACCAAUUUUUUCAGUUUUGUUUUAAUUUGUUUCUACGUUUUUAAAUGGCAAACCAUUUUUAGUUUUUUAAAGAAUCCUGUUACUUCUGCUUUGUUUUGGGUUAUUUUCUGUACAAUAAAAUGAAUUUGCUGAAAUAUCACCAUGUUUUUAGCUCAGAUUUAAUCUUUUUUCUCUGAUGAAACCAAAUGUCACACGAUUCGUUCAAGGACCUUCAGAAAGUUGUAAAGUUAAAGCAGCAAAAACAUGAAACAAAAAAUGUUUUCUUAAACAUGUUUUCCUGUUUUACCCUUUAAUGGUGUUUGAAUCGUAUUUCUGGGACACAAACAGAACUUCUGCUGUAAAACAAACGUCCUGUAGAUAAAAUGUUUGUACGUUUGUUGCUUUUCUUUAUUUUCGGUUCAUUUUUUUCUGAUCUUAUUCGAUCCUUUUGUGCAUUUCUGGACUUUUAUUUUUUCAUUUCUCAUAGGAAUUCACAGCAACGUGCAUUGUGUGUUGAACUGUGUAGCUCGUCGUCGCUGUGUGUGUUCAGGUGUGUUUGCACUGCCACUUUGCUGCCAACAGAACUGUGAGGAACACAAAAGGCUUCCAGGAGUCUGAACGAAGCCUCGCUGAUCUGUGAAUAGUGACGGACUCUGGGUUUCAUCUGCUUUUAGAAUCCAUCUUUUGGAUCAGGUGAUACUUCUGGCAGUGGACGUCGUUACGUAAACACUGUCCACUGGUGCUUUUAUAGACCACAGGGGUUACUGAUUCCAGAGUAUGAUACAGAAUGACACAGAGAGAUUAAAAAAAAAGUGAAUUGAAUUAUCUUUUUACAAAACAUUAUGAACAACCUCAAAUAAAUUCAGUUUCAUCAACAUCCAGCCUCAGUUCAUCAUUCCCACAUUACAACUUCCAAGUCAGAGUGUUAGUUGGAGCAAAACCACAAAAGUCAGACAAAAACACAAAAAUGAGACAAAAUAUGACAAAAAUAAGAUGCAAAAUGACUAGAGAACAAAAGAGCAACCUAGUAUUUUACUUUCUGAUCCAAACAACUUGUCAUGAUCUAGAAAUUCUUUUAAAUUCACAGUUUCACUAAUUUACAAUGAAUGUCUUCUCUGUAAUUUUCACACUUUGAGGGCCGGUUUUGACCCGGGGGCCACAUGUUAGACCCCCCUGCUUCAGCGUAACCUGUUACUGAUUAUUGAUUAUUGAUCAGCUCCUGAAGCCUCAGAUGUUUGUGAGCUGCAACCAAAUGUUGAUGAACUGUUUUUAUCCUUCUCCUCUAAUUACUGUAAACUAGUACUACUAGUACUGAUUACUGUAAACUAGUCCUCUGUGUACUAGUACUGAUUACUGUGAACUAGUACUACUAGUACUGAUUACUGUGAACUAGUCCUCUGUGUACUAGUACUGAUUACUGUAAACUAGUACUACUAGUACUGAUUACUGUGAACUAGUACUACUAGUACUGAUUACUGUGAACUAGUCCUCUGUGUACUAGUACUGAUUACUGUAAACUAGUACUACUAGUACUGAUUACUGUAAACUAGUACUACUAGUACUGAUUACUGUGAACUAGUACUACUAGUACUGAUUACUGUGAACUAGUCCUCUGUGUACUAGUACUGAUUACUGUGAACUAGUACUACUGGUACUGAUUACUGUAAACUAGUACUACUAGUACUGAUUACUGUAAACUAGUCCUCUGUGUACUAGUACUGAUUACUGUGAACUAGUACUACUAGUACUGAUUACUGUAAACUAGUACUACUAGUACUGAUUACUGUAAACUAGUCCUCUGUGUACUAGUACUGAUUACUGUGAACUAGUACUACUAGUACUGAUUACUGUGAACUAGUACUACUAGUACUGAUUACUGUGAACUAGUCCUCUGUGUACUAGUACUGAUUACUGUGAACUAGUACUACUAGUACUGAUUACUGUGAACUAGUACUACUGGUACUGAUUACUGCAUCGUGAAUUGUAGUUUUACUUCAUUUUUGCAGGUUUCUACAGGUUUAACUCAGGAUGUCACUUUUUUCUGCUGUAAAUAUUAUUAACUGGGAAAAUGAUUGAGUGGAAAUAUUGUUUUUUGUUGUUAGCAAAACCAAUGAAAAUAAAUACUUGAAAUUAA